AUGCUGGUUUUUAUGAUCUUGGUCACCGUUUGCUCUGCCCUGUAUUCGACCUUCCAGUCCAUCGUAGCAGGCUACGCAGUCAUCACAUUCCUCUUCUUGUUCCUCGGCGGCUACGUUGUUGGACUGACACCAAUUCCCAUCCUCUACAUCAACGAGAUCUGGCCCAGCCGCCUCCGUGCGAAGGGAACGAGCGUCUUCUGGGUUUCUCAGGCUGCUGCUACUUGCUUCAAUCAAUACAUCAAUCCCAUUGCCUUGGAGAAGAUCUUGUGGAAGUAUUACCUAGUUUAUGUGGGCGUGUUGAUCGGUGUUGUUGGUUUCAUGUUUCUUUAUGUACCGGAGACUAAAGGGCUUUCGCUGGAAGAAAUUGAUAGGAUGUUUGACAGGCGGCAGACGAACGAGAUUGUGCUGGACGCAGCGGAGCCCCAGGAGAACAACGAGCGACACAUUGUUGAUGCUUAA